AAACUUUUUAAAAUUGUAAAUCAUCUCAGCUUUAUGCUUGAGUAAAGAGAACGCUAAGGAAAAAGUAGAAUUUGCAAAUAAUUUAUUGUUCCUUUGUUAGUCUGUGUUGUAAUGCCUGUUAAUUAUCAGCCAGGAGCUGGAAGCUGAGCAGCGAUCAUGAACAGCAGAUCAGAGCAGCGAUGUGCACUUUCUGAUCUGUAAGUGAUCCUAUAAUUAUUAAGAGUAUCUCAGCACAAGCGCUCCAAGCAUUUCAGAAGAUAUCAGCAUAGUAGCUGAUUGAAGUUCAUUCGUUUUAUUUGUUAAAUAGCAGCAGGAGAUUCAGAUUUUAAAACCCAAGUUAGGAUUCCCUGGGCUCAUUUUCUUUUUUUUUAAGCUGGUGAAUUAAUCCAAAUCCAAAUAAUUGCAGUAUUUUAAUUAAAGACAGCUUCGUUUAUAAUUCUUAACUGCAUUACAUCUGAAUGAGUUAAUUUAAUUAGAAAAAUUACUUAACAGCAACAUGGUGGGCUUGCUAAAAAAUAUGCUUGAAGUUUCUGGACCCCUUCCAAAAAUAAGUGGAAAUCUUUGAAAUACAUUUUUAUUGCUACUAAUUUCAGACUGGAAGAAGUAAAAUUAGCAUUUAAUAUGAAGGGAAAUAAAUCAACAACUAUUGACGCCCCAGUCUCUGUAAACUGUCAGGGGUCUUUGUGCAGGAACUCUAAAGCACACUUACUUACUUCUCUAACCUCUCUGGGUUGUUCAGCGCAUAGAUUUUUUUGUGCUAAAGAUUUUAAUGAUCGAUAAUCUGUUCAUCCACUUUGCUUUAUUUAUUUAUUUUUUUUCCCUCCAAGGCAGGUAAUCCUCUGCUUGUCGACCUCUUCCCGACACGUGCCGCCUGCAGUCAGAUGGCCGCUGAGCUGCUGUGCAGAGCAGAGCUCAUGAUUUUACGGCCCACCUCUGCCUCACAGAUGCUCAGAGAAUGUUCUUUUACGUGUGUCACAGUAGCUGUCAAAAUGUCUGCAGGGUAAACAAAGUGUAGGAAAAGACUAGAAGAGAACAGCCUAAUGUUUGUUUGACAUUUUUAUUCAAUCAUGCAGAGAAAGAAGACGAUUUAUAAUAGCGAUGCUUGACAAGAUGUCGACUGUUUUUCAGAAAAGAGGAGAACAGAUGAGUAACGCAAAGACUUUUCUUUGCCUCCUUUCUGCUUUUAACAAGACAUUCAUACAAAUCACAGCAGUGGAGAAAUUAACUUAAUUUGUGCUGCACAACUUUCUAUAGUCAGCCUGUAUUUAAGUGAGAAAGACUCAAUAUGUGUGAAAAAUGAACUAAUUCGCAACUUAUUUUUGUAAUGGCAUCCAGUAAAACAUUUUUCAUGAUCAUCUGUUUUAGUAUGAUUUCAGGCAUAAGAGUGUAGUAAAAGUAAUUUUUUUUUAGUGACAAUUCAAGUGAAACUGUGGCCUACUAACACAUAGUCACAACCCUGUGCAGCUGUAGUAUCUACAGAGGCUUUUUUAUCAAAUAAAAUCAAGCCUCAUUCUGCUGUGCAUACAAUUAUAUAGCAGAAAGAUGAAAGAUUGUUUCUCCGGGGUCAGAAUAGGAAAUUAAAAACUAUUUAAAAGGUCUAGUCCUCUAGGACCUUCCAUAAAAAAACAUUAAUACCUUCCAGAUAUAAUAUUUAUGCCUUCUGUCUUAUAAAAUUUGACAUUUCAAAAGGUGUACACCCAAAAUUGAAAUUGAAUUCUUAAUAGCGAGCUCAUUCUUUUAUCAGCGUUAAUUGAGUAAACCAUACAGUGUCCAUGAUGUCUGUAAAUUUAUACAUCCAGUCAAUACUGCCGUGUAUCCAUCCAUCCAUUUGUGUAUUAACUCAUGCAUCCAUCAUUCCGGCAAUCCAUCCAACCAUCCAUCUCUCCAUCGCAUUGUUCAUCAAUCUAUUCGUGUUUUGCCAUCUAACAAACCAUCCAUACAUCCAAAAAUCCACCUCUUUGUUCAUCUUUCUGGUUGUUUACCAUCCAUCCAUCCCUCCUUUAUUCUUUUUCCAUCCAAAUGGUUUUCAUAUCUAAAACCUGACCAAGUAGAGAUAUUUCCAUAAAUAGAAAUUUAGUGGACUAUUAGAGACUCUGUGAAAUAAGAGCUUAAUUUUUCCUGAUGUGGAUGCAGAGGUUGUGAUCUAAUACAUUAAUAUUACUUUUUAGUUCUUAACAUUGUAUAACAGCCAAUUAAAUAAAAAUUUGUUCCAUCUGAAUGUGGAAAAGUAAAUUUUAACAGUAAAAUGUUUAACACGCCAAUCUGCACUUACAUUUGAAUAAUUUUUAAACGUGAAAUAGUUGUAAUCUUUGCAGAACUGGAUUGUUGAAGGCUUAGAUUCCUCAAUCUCUUUUUGGGGAGGAAAACUAACACAGAUGAAGCUCCUCUCUCUGCCAUGUGGACGUGAAUCAAAACAGUACGCCCCCUAUAUAAAGCCUGCAGGGAAACCCCAGCAGAGCACAGAGCCGCAGAUUACUGAGGCAGGAGGCAGAGGACACCGAGACGACACGCCAGCUGGACAAGUGCUCCGGGAUUUACCGAUCUUUGGCGAUGCACAACUUACCUCACUUCAGUCAAAAAAACCUGAUGAAGAAACACUGCUAAUGUCAUACCCAGUAAAGCAGAUUUUUUCAAAAAAAGACUUACUUUUGGGUGCGUUUUCCCCGAAAAAAUUUGUUUAAACACCAUUCAGAGGUUUCACCGCGUCACCCUAAACCACCCCCAUGCUCUCCAGUGUGCGGCGGCACAGCCUCCGCCUCCAGACGGAGCUCCACCGCUGGAGCAUCUGCGACCCGGGCAGCCACCUCCUCCCGGACGGCCUCCUUGCCCGGGUCCCUGCGUGCAUCUCCCGCUCCAAGUCCUGCGCCAGUUCCGCUGGCGAGUCGGACGGAAGCCGCGGGAGCUGGUCGUCAUCGGACUCGGUUAUCUCCGUUGACUCCACCGGGGGCUCGGUGGAGCCCGGCAGCCCGUACAGGGUGGUGCUGCUGGGGGCCAGCGGCGUCGGGAAGACGGCGUUCGCCAGCAUCUUCGCCGGCGCUGCGGACAGCAUGGACAGCGACGACUGCGAGCUGUGUGGAGAUGAAGUGUCUGAGAGGGAAAUUGAAGUUGACGGAGAGACUGCAACUAUACUCCUGUUGGAUACUUGGGAUGCAGAGCAAGGUGAUGAGUGGACCCAGGAGCGCUUCAUGCAGAUAGGUGACGCCUACCUGCUGUUGUACUCCAUCACUGACCGGGAAUCCUUCCUGCGAGCUUCAGAGCUCCGGAUAACCCUACGUCGCUUUCGUCCUGCCCGGCACACACCCAUAAUCCUGGUGGGGAACAAGUGCGACCUGGUGAGGCGGAGAGAAGUGUCGGCAAGCGAGGCCCGUGCUUCUGCCGCGGUGUUUGACUGCAAGUUCAUCGAGACCUCGGCAGCAAUGCAGCACAACGUCUGGGAGGCUUUCUACGGCAUUGUGAGACAGCUGCGCCUGCGACGAGACUCCAAAGACGACAGCAGACGUCGCAGGCGCGUUCACUGCGACAAGCGCAGAGAGAGCCUUCCAGUCAGGGCCAAGCGUUUCCUCGACAAGGUGGUGGCGAAGAACAAUCCCAGCAUGGCGUUCUGGCUCAAAUCCAAGUCCUGCCACAAUCUGUCAGUGCUGUAGACCAAAUCUGAAUGCAGAUGGGGAAACACCUGAGCAAAUGAGAUGAGUUAAAGGCUGCAGAAAGGCAGCCGUGGACGGAGCUGGAGGGACAUUUCCUGCCUCCGACGAGCUCAGAGUUGGCGUUUACCUUCCACCCUCCGUUCAGGUGGAGGUGGAGGUGAAGGUGAAGGUCUGCAUCAAGCUGUUGACAGUCUGAAUGGACUGCAGUUCACAGUAACGUCAUGGGACAUGAGUAUGACAUUUAGAAGAAACUAAGAAAAUGAAGUGAUUUUUAUUGUUUUAUUUCUUAGUUCUUUCCGCUUCUUGCUUUGUUGUAAUUUACAAAUGCGUAAAUAACUAAAAAUUCCUUUACAUGUGUUUUUUAAGACCUGUGUGAUACUUAAACGUUUAGUUUUUGUUUAUGCUGCAGUGUUUUAUGCGCUAAUUGUAAGACCAAGUCGAUGCUAUAUUGUCUUUUGCUACUUUGAAUCACUGUUUGAAGAAAUAAAGUGACGUUUUUGCUUGGAAGAAAGCACA